AUGGCUGGAGAAGAUGGAGAUUGUACCAUGUUUUUGAGAGCAGCUGAAAAAGUUGUUAUGGAGCCCUACAAUUAUACGUCUGAUACAAAUGGCAAGGGUUUGCGCUGUAAAUUGAUGUCAGCUUUCAAUUACUGGUUGAAGGUUCCUGAAAGUACUUUGAAACUUAUAUCAGAAGUCAUACAAAUGCUGCACAAUGCCAGUUUGAUUAUUGACGAUAUUGAAGACGGUUCUUAUCUGCGACGUGGCAAACCAGCUGCUCACUGCGUUUUCGGCGUUGCACCAUCCAUCAAUUCUGCUAACUAUGUAUAUUUUCUCGCUUUGGAAAAACUGUCUGUACUGAAUCGUCCUGAAUCAGUUAAAAUAUUUACAGAACAAAUGCUUGAAUUACAUCGCGGGCAAGGUAUGGACAUAUUCUGGCGUUCUUCUUUUAAAUGUCCUUCAGAAUCAGAUUAUGAAGCUAUGGUUCUGUGUAAAACUGGUGGUCUGUUCGGUUUGGGUGUCCGUUUGAUGCAGCUAUUUUCUGAAGUUCAAACGAAUUACAAACCACUUUUGGAUACACUUGGUCUGUUUUACCAAAUUCGUGAUGAUUAUGCAAAUUUGGUUGACCUCUCUUAUCACAAAACGAAAACUUAUGCAGAAGAUUUGACUGAAGGCAAAUUUAGUUAUCCAAUCGUACGUGCUAUUAACGAUCAUCCGAAUGACAAUCAAGUAAUGAACAUUUUAUCACAGCGUACUACAAAUCCAUCGCUAAAGUUAUACUGUGUUAAACAUAUGCUAGAAUUGGGUGCAUUGCAUGCGACUGCAAUGAUGUUGACUAAAUUGGAAGAUAAGUGUCGUCAGCUGAUCAAGGAAUACGGUGAUAAUCCCUUAUUGUCACAACUGAUUAGUAAACUAAGUGAUUUACAUCGUACGCCGGGUGGUGAUUUACGAUUUAUUACACUUGAAGAACUUAGCUGUUCAGCAAACGAAAGUGAACACAUACAUUCUCAAUGGUCGAGUUGA